CGCUGCCGCCGACUGCGCCGCUCCAACCAACCAACUGGCCAACCGACCGACCAACCAACCCACCCUGUUCCGCUCCGCCCCCUUCCCCCUUCCGCAGCCACUGGCGUUCUUAUUAGAUUUUAUGGCGGCUCCGACUUAGAACACAAUCGGAAUCAGAAAGAGAAACAGAAACAACAACAUCGACCGUCGUCGGCCGCGCCUUUGGUCGUUUCAUUGCCGUUCUGUUUCACCCUCGUUCUAUUUGCCAUCCGUUUCGUUCUCGCGCCGUUAGAAUCGCUGUCGCAGUCGCUGCUCUGCCGACGUCGCUGCCGCUGGCUGACUUAUUGGCUUUAAGCGAAUUUGAACGUCGCUCGAACUUUUAUUCAACGUGUUGGUUCCAUCGUGUGAGCAACUCUGAAACGCUACACAUUCGAAGCGGAUAUUGAAAACUGAAUAAAAAAAAAAACACACACAAACCGAAAACACAAAAAUACCCCCAUACAAAACAAAUCAAAUCAAACUAAACCCACAAAAAACUCGCGAUACGCAAGUGUUAAAUACGAUAUUCAAGAUAUUGUAAUACCCCCCCCCAACAUAGAAAUCCAAGAGAUCUUACAAUAUUUUUUUGAAGUGUUGAACCCACAAAGUGCUUUAAACAACAACAACUACCAACUACUACCAAAAUGCCUUACAACAGCGUCACGCUUUAGUGGUACAAGUACAAGUGUCAAGUCCCCACCCCUUUCGCUAAAUACCCAUUUGAAACUGAACGAAAAGGAGGCCCAAACAGGUGUCUGCCUGCCGAAAGGCCAACGAAAUACACCGGAGACAAUCAGCAGCAGGUGGGCAGCAGAGCUUCUCCAUUAGAAAGAGAGAGACAGAUAGAGAAAGAGAUUCCCCAACAGUUCAGCUCAGCGAAGUUUGGCUCGGAACGGCGAUUUGUGCAUUUAAUGAUUCGCUGCCGAUGUGAAGCGAGGUGCCGGCUGUUCGACGUUCAACGCAUUCGCUCGGCCUUAGCGCUCUGAGCAACAACAAAAGUCGGGGACCUGAGCCGAUGGAACCGAUGGAUCGGCCAUACUCCUCCAAAAGUCCCCUCUCCAUAAGAAAAGCAGCCCUGAAAAAGGCAAAGGAAGAACUGUAGAGUUUUUUUUAACUUGUGAUAAGCGCAAAAGUGUGAAAAGUGUGUGCCUCCAGAACCCAUAAUAUAUAUAUAUAUAUAUAUGUAUACAAGAAUAUAAAAAGAGAUAUAGAAGAAAACUUUUUUGGAAUAGUCCAACCAACCAAUGCAACGCGUAGGCCUUCAACUGUGAUUUAAGAAUAUAUAUAAAAAAAAAAACAAACAACAAAAAAUAAGAAACCCCGUUCGUUACAUUUAGUUUUUAUUAGUUCGGUUUAGUUUUUUCUGCUUAACUUUUCGCGUGUGCAACUGCUUACCGAUUAGAUAGCCAUGUUCAACUCCAACAUACCGGCCUCCUCGCUGUUAGGGAUCGACAACAGCGGCCUCCUGAUGGGCGGCCACACGCCCAAGACGCCGGAGAUCCUCAACUCGCUGAUCGCCAUGACCAAUCCGCUGGAUAGCUUUAGCUUCAGCUCGGCGGCGGCGGCUGCUGUUUCCGCAGCUGUUUCCGCAUCCGCCGCCUCCUCGGCAUCCUGCAGCGCCGCCUCCACGCCAGUGGUCACCGUGCGUCACUUCAACGGUCAUCCCAAUGGCCAGUCGCACUCCCAGGACAGCAGUCAUUCCAGUUGCUCCGGAUCGCCGUUGGACUCUCCAGCGGGCACGGCCACCACGCCCAGCGUCCAACAGACCUGCUCGCGGCUGAUCAAGGAGGGCCUGAAGCUGUCCAUCCAGAGCAAGCGCAAGCUGUCCACCUGCGACUCCAGCUCCGGAUCGGAGCAGCCGCACUCGAAGUACUCGCGGCGCAGCAGCAACCACAACGGGCACAGCGGCAGCAGCAACAACUACAGCGGCAGCCUGAGCAACGCCAACGACCUGGACGACGACUGCGAGGAGUCGAGCGACGAGGACAGCGAGACCAAGUCGCAGCCAAAGGGUCUAACUCCGGAGGACGAGGACCGCCGGCGGAGGCGACGCGAGCGCAACAAGAUCGCGGCCACCAAGUGCCGGAUGAAGAAGCGCGAACGCACCCAGAAUCUGAUCAAGGAGUCGGAGGUGCUCGACACCCAGAACGUCGAUCUGAAGAACCAGGUUCGUGUGCUGGAAACCGAACGACGCAAGCUGAAGGACAUGCUGCAGUCGCACCGCUGCCAGAGACCCGGAGGCUACCAACUGCCCAACCAUCUGCUCCAGUCGCCGGCACUGAAGUAUUUCAGCGAACUGGAACUGGAGACGGCGAAUGGCGGCGAGAUGGCCAACUCGGGGCACAGCCAGCGGCUGCAGAGUAUACCCUCGAUUGCCACCUUCAAGUAUGGCUCCAAAACGGCGGCGGCCAUGGCCCAGCAACUGCCCAAUGGCUACUGCAAGCCCUCGCCCAGUGCCCAGGAGUUCGAGCAUGCCGGCUACCAGCAACAACAGUCCCUUAAUCCCGCCGGCAGCAGCAUCGUCGAGCAGCAGCAGCAGCAGCAGUCGAAUCCCAGUCCCAGUCUGAUUUCCGACUAUGUGCCCAACUGCGAUGGCCUGAACGGCGGCAGCAGCAACAACAACAACAACAGCAGCAGCAACGCCAGCAGCAACACCAGCAGCAACGCCAGCAGCAACAUCAGCAGCCACACCAGCAACAUCAGCAGCCUCAGCAGCAAUGCCACGAGCAACAACAGCAGUACAACGCCCACCAGCAGCAGCACCAUUGAGUUUGUGAAGAACGAGCUGGUGGACUCGCAGAGUCCCUACACCACCGCCCUGAGUGCCGAGCGUUUCCUGUUCGAGCCCAGCGAUGGUUUCCCGGACAUCAAGCACGCCUGCGUACUGCCCUUGCCCUGCGGCACCAAUGGCCUCAACAUGGCCAGCGUGGUCCACACAAAUGGCAGCACCGGAAACGGAUCUGGCAAUGGAAAUAAUAAUAAUAAUAAUCAUAAUAACAACAAUAAUACCCACCUGAUGGACUUCCACCAGGGCCUGCAUCAUGGCAACAUCGGUGUCGGAGUGGGCGUGGGCGUGGGCGUGAUGACGCCCUACGAUGAUGAGCAGCUGCUGCUGCUAAAGAACGGCUGCUUUCCCCCCGAUCUGCUGUCCCAACUGGUGGAGGAUGGCGGGGAUUAUGUCGAUCUGGACGCAGCCACCGCCUUUAUGAACAACGGCAGUUGCCUGGCGUGAGGAAGGGCGCCGGACAGGGAGCGGGAUAGAGACCGCGACCUGCUGCUCCUAGCCUUCGAUCAGCCCAACAGCCAACAGGAGCAACAUCAGCAUCAACAACAGCAGCAGCAGCAUCAGCAGCAGCCACUGCAACAUCCUGCAGAGAAAGAGGAGCCACCGGCCAGUCCGCAUCUAGAUCGGCAGGUGGAACUCGAGCUCGAAAUGGAGCUGCAACUGGGAGAGGAGCAGGAUCCGGCUUGGGCCCAUGUAGACUACUGGUGCUAGGCCAUCAACCGUAUACUAAUGUUAAUCUUAACCGCCACUCAUUGACUAAGCAAAAGCAGGAGUACAGAGAAAGAAGCCGCAGUCCCCCUACAAAUAAACCAUAACAUAUAACCCAGAUCCCAAGAUCCCAAACUGACCCAUACAAUACCUUUUAAAUACUUUCACUGAUUUUUUUAAGCUACCACAUCAAUAGUCCAUAUUCCUUUUUGUGUAAACCCAGCAAUCCAAGUUCUUCCAAUAGCAGAGUUCCCCCUGUGAGGCCCCCGAUCCCGCGAUUCAAUCAUGGACCACUCGAAUAUAAUCCCCAGAUCCCCGAGACCAUCCCAAGAACAAACCCCCUUAUCCUUUGAUCCCAAGUCCGCCUGGAGCCGGCAUCCAGCCUGUGGCUUGACUACCUCAUGAAGAAAUAAGCAGAAACAAUUAACAAGUAACUAUCAUUAAAGAGCUGUAAAGAGUAAGGUGUAAAGAACGUAGAAAGCAACAGCAGAAGCAGAAUCAGAAGCAGAAUCAGAAGCGACGAGAGCACACAAACACGCGCAGCGAUGAAAGAAGCACUUGCACAACUGUACAUAACCCAAUUUUUGAUACGAUAACUAGGUAUAUCGAUAACAUUCCAUUGCAAGCCUGCGACAUAACGAGUACGAUAGAAGAAGAAGAGCAGUGAUCAACUGCGAGCAGUCACAUCCGCAUCAGUAAUUAUUAAUUUUAAUUUGUUCAAUCCCUUUUCAAGCGUAUUUUUGUUUGCUCUUUGCUCCCCCCAACGAAGCCUUAAAAAAUAAUAUUAACUAUGCUUAUUAUAUAUGUGUAUAAACAAUCGAGAGAGAGAUUAGAGAGGAGGGUAAAUCAAGUUGAGAAUUCGAUGCAGAAGCAGUAUGAGAAGUAGGAAGCCCAUGCGAUAAGACGUUUGAUAUUUUUUUUCUAAAACCUAGGCUUAAUCAGUGAUAAAACCUAAAUAUAUAUACCGUAUAUAUAAACAAAAUACUUGUAUGAAUUUUUGUUUUUUUUUUUGUGUCCAUACUUUGUAAGAGCUAUGUUUAAAGAACGAGCGAAAAAAUUGUGUAAGCUGUUGCCUUAAUCAAAAAUGAAAACGACAAAAAAAGAUCUUUCAAUUGACAACUAAAACUAAAUUACUAAUCAACACUUUGUUAAAUCUUUUGCAAAACUAAUCUACAUAUACAAGAACAAGAAAUAUUUAAUUAUUAUAUAUAUAAAAACAAGAGAUAAAUUUGAAAGCGAUAUGUACAUAUACGUAUGAUGUAUGAAUUGGUGGAAUCGAAGACCUUAAAGUGCUGCUAAAAUUGAAACUUUGCAACUCCUUUCAACUUGCGCCUUAUUACAGAUUAACGAAAAGAACACUUUUGUAAUUUAUACUAUAUACAUAUAAAACAAAAUGUCGAAGAAUAUAUAUACAAGCGUGUACUAAAACAAAGUAAAACUUAUAUAUUUGUGUGUGUCUAUUGCUUGAUCAACGAGUUGAAGCAGAGUUCAUUUAUAUAUAAUAUAGAUAUCUAUAUAUAUACAUACUUAUACACGGAUAUAACAGUUAUAUAUAUAUACAGAAGUGUGUGUACAAACAGCUGUGAACACCAAAAAGUGGCCUAAAGGAGCAUCCAACCCAAAAAAUAAGAAAACACAAAUAAUUCCCCUCACAACACAAGUGCUUUGAAAUUGUUUCGUAAUCGUAAUGCCUCGAGUUAAAAAAAAAAGAGUUAACCAACGAUACCGAAAAACGAUAAUCGAUAAUUUAUAUCUAUGUAAAAUACGCAAAACAACUAUUUAUAUUAUUAAAACGAACCGAUGAGCUCUUCAAGCCUCUUGAGCACCGCCUUUUUCGCUAGUUGUACCAAGUCUACCAUAAUGUUAUGUCACCCCAAAAAGUCCCCGAUAUGUAUAUCCCCGAUAACCCCCACGAAAUGCGUGCCUAUUUGUCCCAAAUAGGAUUGUAAGCAUGUGUAACCAACAAAGAAGCCUUUCCACUCGAAAUGGAGCUUUAAAAUUUAAAAAAAUUGUAUUUGAGCAUACCUUAAGCAAAGUUUACCUCACACACACAAACACCAAACACUCGCACACAAAACCAACACACACAAAGAGGCAACCCUAGAAAUAUUAGGGCUGGGGACUUCACUCGCCGACAAUUGAUAUUACGUUCAGCUUCCAAACAAAAAAAAAUGAAAAAAAAAAACUAAAAGAAAAAAUUAACAAAUGAAAAACUUAAACAAGUUUCAACAACUCAGGUCAGGCGAGUGGAGGAGCUGCCAGGGUUGUCGCCACAUUCGAUGUUAAAUGUAUUUCGUAACUGUAAAUGUUAACUGUAAACCAUAAUUGUAAAUGGCAAAAUGCAAUCAAGUCCAUGAUGUUAUCCCCCGGAAAUCGGAAAACGAUAAACGGGGGACGAAAGGAUAGUUCCCGCUUGUAAAUUUCGUUUAUUUUUGUAUUAUUUCUCGAUUUGUUUGUUUGUUUUCGAUUAAUAUUCUCUAAUAUAUAUAUAUAUCUACAUAAAUAUGACCUUAAAUCGUCGAUUGAGUUUGAGUUUGAGUUUGGGGUUUUGUGGGCUUCGCUUCUGCCAGCAGCUGAAAGGCGGAAAUAUCUUAAUAAUAGAGCAUUGUAGAAGUAGAUCAACAUCAUCGUAAGGCCAUCCAUCGCUCUCAUCCACGCAGGACUCAUCCAUUCUUUAGUGGCGCAUCGGCAUUUUCUCAUUUCGACCUCUGACCUGAACUCGGACCCCUCAUCUUUAGCUUUUAGUUUUAGGCUACACAACGUUUGUUUAACAAAAGUAAAUGACUUAAACACAACAUGCGCUACGAAAGUACCUGGACAAAUGUAACGAUUAACGAUCAACAAAACCAAUAUUGGUUAUUGUCUUUAAAAGCAAAAAAUCGUAAAAUAAUCUCAAUCAGCUGCAGGCAGAAACGGACCCAAAAACCCCCCACACCUCCCCGCAGGCAAAAUGAUCAGUUUAUUUGUAUAGCCCUAGACCUACAUAUAUAUACCCAUGUAUAUUGCUAAAGAUAUUGAUAAAGUUACAAAAUUUAUACGUGUAUAUGUCCACAAACAGCAAGAGCAAGCAACAAACAAAGAAAACUCCCACAAACUGUGCUAAAACAAACGUAAGAAAUAAUAAAAGUAAAAUGUGUCGAGAGAGUCCAGAUGUUAUUUGUGUAAUUUUGACCAGAGCAAAACUAUACGGAAAAUAGAUCUAGCUGACUAACCCAUGUGAAAGCCAAGCAAGAGGGACAACAGUAAGGCAGAAAAACAGAAAAAACAGCAAAAACAGCAAGCAAGCCCAAUCAAAUCUAUGUCUAACUGAACGAUAAUUGAUAGUCGAUAAUGUUAACUCUCAUCCAACAAGUCAUCCCUAUCCAGUGUGUUUCAUGUUAUUCCGUAGCCGUACCCGUAUCUCUAACGCUCGCUGUAUCCGCAUCUAUAUCUGUAUCUCUAACUGUCUCUGUAAACCAUCUCCGAUCCGACCACAACCGAUCACACUCUAAAAGAACUACAAUAAAAAUUCAAGUUUAAUAUCCAA